AUGUCGAGCUACGCCAAGCUCAAGGAGAUGGCCCUCAAGAAGGCGGAGGAGGAGCAAGCAGCUCUCAAUAGGGAACGUGAGCGGAGAGAGCGUGAAGUAGCUGCCAAAUUGGCCGAAAGAGAAGCUAGAGAAAGAGAACAGAAGGAUCGCGAGCGAAAGAUUCUCCUUCAGCGCAUGACCCGCCAAAAGGAGGAAGAGGCGCGCGAAAAGAUGCAAAAGGAGCGCGCUGUUAAGCUCGAACAGGAAAAGGUAGCAGACGAAGAGAAUGCAGCACGUCCAUCAUCAGUACCAUCAUUAAGACAAGGUCUGUCCAGCUCGGCAAGAACUGCCUCUGUCAAGGCAUCAUGUUCUACUCAAAAGGUUGAUCUCUCUCAUCGGCUCAAAGCCAAGCCAAGCAACGGCAAUGCGACCAGAAGGAAACGCAAGGUUGAAGAAGACGAUUUUGUAGGGAAUCGCUUGGACAAGAUAGGUGGAAGCAAAGCAGAGCUCACAUCGUCAUUUGCGGGCUCAAGUACUCCAAAGCGAAAGGCUACUCCAAUGACGCGGGAGGAGAAGCAAGCCAUCAAGCGGGCUAGGGAGUUCGGCUCUCUUCCAAAGCUGCCACCCAUCGCACGUAUCAGCUCGAACUCGGUUUCGGCGAGGUUCAGUCCAAGUGUCGGCGCCGGUGACGUUGAAAGGACAAACAGACCUUCGGCCCGCUCGCAACUUGCCAAGGACAACGGUUUGGUGGCUUUGGGUACAAAGAAGCGAGAUCACCGCUCGAUCGACGAGAUUGAACGUGAUCUUCGAAAAGUCAAGGAGGCCAGAGGGAAUGGCAGGAGGGAAGCUCCCUCACAGGCCGAGCUUGAGCGUGAAGCUGCUUUAGCUCGAAGGCAAAAGGCAAUGGAAGAGAAGCGUAAGAGUGACCUCGAGGCUAGGGAAUUGGCAUCCCGGCGUAAAUUAGAUGGCAGUGGCGACGACUCCAAAGAUGAUCUGUUUGGGUCUGAUGACGAUGGUAACGAAGCCGAAGCUUCCAAACGUCGCAAGAUGCCACCCUCAAAGGACAAGAGUCAGGCUGCUACCGCGAAUGGCUCACACAGUGGCUCGGCAAGUACGAGCCGUUUCGUAACUGCACCACAGUCGAGGGAGGUAAAGCCUAUUGCUGCACGUGCUCCCGGCGGCAUUAACCCUGCCGAUUUCCUACCUGGUGCUCCUCUUCGACCCGAAGCUAUGGCGCGACUCAGCCAGAAGGCGCGGACGAAAACCGAAUUGGCUUCAGCGUCGCGUGUCAAAUCACCCGAAUCGGACUCCCGCUCUAAGCCCAAACGGACCGUAUCUGAAUCCGACUCGAAGUCGUCUCCUGCACCAGCCCUCACAUCUUUCUCGGCUGGCCCGCCGAGAAGAGAAACUGCGCGAGAACGCUUUAUUAGAGAGCAAGAGGAGAAGAAGAAAUUGGCUGCAGGACGUUCCGAUGAUGGUGGGCGCAAGGCAGAAGGACGAUCGUCUCGCUCAGACGAGUACGCCAGCGAAGAGGACAACUAUUCGGACGAGUACGACAGCGACGGCAUCGAUGACGACGACGAUGGGGCCGAGGGCGAAGGAGGUCAGAGCUAUCGCGAUGAGAUUUGGAAGUUGUUUGGCAAGGAUCGCAAGAAAUACGCUAGCCGAGUGGUGGACAGCGAUGACGACAUGGAGGCGGACGCAGCAUCGGUGUUGCAAGAAGAAUUGAGAAGUUCAAAGCAGGCGCGCGAAGAAGACCUGCGAGAAGAGCUGUUGGAGAAGCAGCGCGAACGCGAGAAGCUACUUCGCAAGCAGGCAUUGAAGCGGGGUGCAGGGCGCUGA